AUGGCCAGCCCGCUCAGAUCGUGGAUGAUGCUCGCAGCCCUGGUGUUCUGCCUUCUGGUGUGUCUCAGCAGCUUCGCGGACGUACCGCCCAAACCGGAGAGCCCGGCCGGCAACGCCUCCCCGGAGGACUGGGCCAAGUACCACGCGGCCGUCCGGCAUUACGUCAACCUCAUCACCAGGCAGAGGUAUGGGAAGAGGUCAACCCCCGAGCAGGCCGUCGCUUGGCUGCUGUUCGGUGCUGAUUCCAACCAAGAAGCUGAACCCCGCUCGGACUAUGGCGAUCAGUGGUAAAUGAGCCCGUUGUGAACCCUCGCCCUCUCCGUCAUCCUCCCUCUGAUCCUUUGAUUCAGCAACAAUCAGAAAAGCCCCCCUGGGAUUCUCAACACACAACCUGCACUGGACUCUUUGUGAUGCUCCAUAUUUAAUUGGUUGCUGUGCAUGAAAAUCCCUCUCUGUUUGUCUUCCUCCUCUCUCUCUCUCUCUCUCUCUCUCUCCCUCUCUCUCUCAGUACAACUAUUAGUUCUUUGGCCGAAAAAAAUAAAUGAAUUAAUAAAUGUAAAUAAUUUGUAUCAAAACCUAUCAGUUUACAAUAAUUGAGUGGAAUAAAGGUAUUAAAUAGACAUACACA